UGUCGGAAGAGAGAAGAGAGAAGAGAGAAGAGAGAAGAGAGAGAAAUAAAUAAAUAAAAAUGAAGGCAAAGCAGAAAAGAAAGGGUAGGAGAAGAAGAAAAGGCGAGACUUUGAAAUCUGGGUACGGUCUCCUGCUCUCAUCUCACUUUGCCGCCUCUCUCUCUCUCUCUCUCCCCCCUUCCGUUCUUGUACUGCGCGUAGUGAAGCGGGCCUCAAAUGGCGACGAGGAGGCGGAGGAGAAGAUGGUACUGACGAAGCACAAGGUAACAACGUUCCUUCCGUGCUCCACGUUCUUUGCUAAUCGUUGGUAGAAAUGCUUGUUAGAGCUUUGAUAUGUGUCCUUCCGUUGCACAUUUUGUGUGGGAGGCUUUUUUCCCUUUCUGUUACCCUUCUCGAUUUGCUAAGAAUCCCACAUUCGGUUUGGUAAGGAAAGGUUUGAUUUCACCGCAUCUUAGGAGAAAAGCGUCGUGUUAAUAUAGAUGACCUGGGUGAAGAUUGGUUGUGAAAUGGAGCAGUAUGAGGUUUUGGAGCAGAUAGGGAAAGGUGCAUUUGGGUCAGCUCUACUGGUGAAGCAUAAGGUCGAGAACAAGAGGUAUGUCUUGAAAAAGAUACGCUUGGCACGCCAAACCAACAGGUCCCGUCGGUCAGCUCAUCUGGAAAUGGAGCUAAUUUCAAAAGUAAGAAGCCCAUUUAUUGUGGAUUAUAAAGAUUCCUGGGUUGAAAAGGGUUGUUAUGUAUGUAUUGUUAUAGGCUAUUGUGAGGGAGGUGAUAUGGCUGAAGCCAUAAAGAAGGCCAGUGGACAUCUUUUUCCUGAGGAGAAGCUGUGUAAAUGGCUUGUCCAACUCCUUAUGGCUCUUGAUUACUUGCACAACAAUCAUAUUCUACACCGUGAUGUAAAAUGUUCAAAUAUAUUCCUUACAAAGGAUCAAAACAUACGGCUAGGUGAUUUUGGGCUUGCUAAAAUUUUAUCUUCAGAUGAUUUGGCUUGCUCUGUUGUAGGAACACCUAGUUAUAUGUGCCCUGAACUUCUAGCUGAUAUUCCUUAUGGUUCCAAGUCUGAUAUUUGGUCUCUAGGUUGCUGUAUCUAUGAGAUGACUGCUCUCAAGCCCGCAUUCAAAGCUUUUGAUAUGCAGGCUUUGAUAAACAAAAUCAGCAAGUCCAUAGUGGCUCCUCUACCAAGUUCAUAUUCUGGUGCAUUUAGGGGACUUAUCAGAAGCAUGCUCAGAAAAAGUCCUGAAUACAGGCCAAGUGCUGCAGAAUUGCUAAAACAUCCACAUCUUCAACCUUAUGUGCUUCAAGUCAACCUAAAAUGCAAUCUUUCAAGGAAUAUGCUUCCUAUUAACCAAGCUCCAUAUAAUCCCGUAAGGAAAAUCAGAUUUCAAGAUGAUGAAGAUGAUCUUAUUUGCACGGAUAAGGAAAAAAGAAAGUCUUUAGGCAAUGAGAGGAUCUUGAAACUCAUGGCUAUAAGUUCAACUCGGACUAUUAAAGAUUUUCCAAAUUGUCAAAACCAGAAGAUAAAGAAUCUUUCACUUGGCAGCAGUCAAGUCGGGGAGAUGGGUAGUGACAAAACAACCAGUGAGCACUCAGGUACUUUGAAGAGCCCCAAAGAAACAUUUAAAACAUUCAUGUCUCCUAGUACAUGGAUGGAACCCUCAAAAUCAUUGCACGCCAAAUCAAGACGCGAGUCGCUUGGAUCACAAACUCAUGCUGAUAGAAUUAGUCAAGCUUCUCGAAGGGCAUCCCUUCCUUUGCCUACUUUUGAAACUUCUAAAUCCAUUUUUGGUGUUCUCCACCAUGUUGACUCCCCUGAUGUCUCAGUCAACUCCCCUCGAAUAGAUAGAAUUGCAGAAUUUCCAUUAGCUUCAUUUGAAGAUCCCUUGCUACCAAUACCCAAAUUAUCAGCUCAUGGCUCCUCCUCAGCGACCCCACAUUAUGGAGACCGUUCUAUCACAAAGGACAAAUGCACUAUCCAAAUUUACCGAACUGAAGGCGACAAUGGAAGUGAUUCUUCAGAUCAAAAUCCAACAGUUGCAGCAGAUGCUUCUAGCCGUGGAUCAUCAGAAUCAAGGCAGCGGAGGUUUGACCCUUCAUCGUACCAGCAAAGGGCGGAAGCACUGGAGGGAUUGCUUGAAUUCAGUGCUCAGCUGUUGCAACAGGAGAGGUACGAUGAGUUGGGUGUCUUGCUGAAGCCGUUCGGUCCAGGGAAAGUCUCUCCAAGGGAAACGGCAAUAUGGCUGACCAAGAGCUUCAAAGAAACUGCAAUGUAACAUAGAAAUCCAACUGAAUGUGCUCGUCUAACUGAAGUUUUGAUGCUAGGUCUCAGGUGAUUUUGUUCCAGUUCUGUAAUAUCAAAUAGCUUGAUAGGCUGAUGGUUUAGUAUGAGUAUGUUUAGAACUAGUGUUGAGUAGAUAAUGUUUCUUAAACCUGCAUGUACUACCUUCUGACAAUUUGAAUACUAUUUCUAGCUGUUUUAGCACCCCUUCCUCUCUAUAUAUCAUUUUCUUGCCAGAA